GUGGGAGUUAAAAUGCAGUUGUGGCAUAUUCUGGCUGUGAUUGUGGGAGUGUAUAGAGAACUGUCUCAUGGAUUUCUUAACGUUUCCCCAUUCUUCUUCUUGUGUAAUUACCAUGGAAACGUACAGGAGCUUGGCAUUGACAGUGGAGAGGUGUCCAUUGGUGUAAAUAUUGCAGGAAAUCCACAUUAUUACAUACCUGGACAGUUUUAUGAAGUUUCUGUGACUUCAAGCCUGAACUUUGACGGGUUUCUUCUGACCGGCCUGUACACGGUGACUGACAGUGUCUUAAAGAACGUGCUGGGGCGGGGAAUGGGUCUGUACGGGGCGAAUCCUACCGGUCAGAACCUUAUGUGUUCCAUCGUGCACAGUCACCUGGGUCGACACCCCCAGCAUCGCCUCACCUUCAUGUGGAUGGCGCCGCCCGAGGGAACGGGAUGUGUCAGCUUUCUGGCCACUGCAACUCUUGGACAGCAGCUGCUGUUUAAAGAUACGACAGUCUUUCAGAUGUGUGAGGAAGGAGUGAGCACAACAUCACCAAUUCGUCCUGAACUGGCAGAAAUCCACUCUGAUUCUGUGAUUCUUAGAGAUGAUUUUGAUUCUUAUCCGGAUUUCAAACCAGAACUUUGGCAGAGUCAUCAAGGUGCAACAGUCAGUGAUGGUUGUGGUAGGGUGCUGUUUGGGGAUGCGGCUCUGUUUUGUGAGAAAGUGGGGCAUAGAGAAUUAACCAGUGUUCCCUUGAAUACCACAUCAGCCCGUGUGCUACAGUUUGCCUUGUCUGCGGGAAACUGUGGUCGCGAAGACAGCCAAGAUAAAGACAUUGUGGUGUUGUUUGGAUUAAACCACUGCACUGAUUGGUUUGAAAUUGAAAGAAUAAGACCACCAACUACACAGAAUACUGAAAUCCAUUUGUUAAACCUCCCUCUAGAAGCAAGAGAUGUUGGCAUCUGCAUCAAGUGGAAGCAGACACCAUUUCCUUUAAAGCCCCACCAUGUUCCUUUCAAUGACCCAGCAUCACACACCACAUACCCACCAAAAACUUCAGUAAUACCUCAGUCGACUACCACAGCAUCAAGAGAAACUACAGUUACUGUAGUAAGUAAACCUGUAACUGUAGAAACAGAAAAGACUGUUCCAACAACGAAAUCCAAAUCUACACCACCACAACCUAUGUCAAGCAGUGGUAUCUCUGUAACUGAGGAACACGAAACAACAGUGCACAAAAAGAUGAGUUCCACGACAGAAACACCAGAGUUGAUGACAACAUCGGAUUUGUCCACAGACACCUCUUCUGUUGUUUUUCCUACAGCAUCUGAACCUCCUGGACUCAGCUCAUCACCAUCACCAUCGCCAUCACCAUUUUCAGAUCAGCAGUCAACUGUGACAAUGCACAACUCUUUCACUUCCGCUGUAGAAAGAGACUUCAGUACAAGUAGUGCUACAUCUGUGGAUGAUUCUAUAGCCACUGAGACUUUAGAUUCUGUUGAAACAUCAGCAAUUCCUUCUCUUGGUGUUGUCCUACCACAGGAUUCCCCGGUUAAUGGUUAUGGAUUCAAAACGAAAACAGGAUUCGGAACGAAAACAGGAUUCAGAACUAAAACAGGAUUCAGAACAAAAACAGGAUUCAGAACAAAAACAGGAUUCAGAACUAAGACUGGACUGGGGACAAAUACUCGAGGCUUUCCAGGAUUAAAGAGCCGGUUUAAGAGAUCUGUGUCUGGGGAUACAGUGUGGAGCAAGAGCAAACCCCCAGUGGUUGGAGACUCUGUGGUUCAUAAGACUCAGACAUUCAAGAAACCUGUGGCAUAUUCACCCGAUGUGGAGGACGAAGCUGGUGGUGAAGCUGUAGUAUCCUUCAAGAGCUGCUGGGGGGUGGACAACAUCGUCGUUGUUAACACAGCAUCACCUCCGUCUGUCCUUGAGGAUUCAUUUGACCCUGUUGACCCCAGCAACUGGAUAUUCUUUCCUGGUGCUAAUAUCAAGCAAAACUGUCACUCAGACAGUAACAUCUUGUCAUUCAGUGAUGAAAACCAGACGGACAACUUUGUGGUGACACGUGACCUUGACCUUCAAAUACCAGUUGCAGCAGACACUAUUUUAGAACAGGAUUUUGAAACGCAUCCAUUAAUUGGGUGGGAGGUCCUAGGAGGACAGACAAGUAGAAUUUGUGGUGCAAUUAAAGAGGGAAAGUCUCUCGUUUUCACCGGCCCCAAGAAACGACACGCCUGUACUGGGUUUUUUCAUACACAAAGAGCAGCCACCCUACAGUUCUUCUUUGCUAUAGGUUUUGGUUCCUGUCAUAGUUCAGGCUCACCUAAAACUGUAGUCUCUGUGUACCUUGAAGACAGAAGUGGCGAUACCUUUGUCCUGGAUAAGCUUGAACCAGAGCUGUAUCAAGAGCCAAGACUUGUGUCUCUGCCGAUGACCGUACCACAGAGAGUCUCCGAGGUGAAGGUGUGCUGGCUACAGAAGUACAACACAGGUCUGUACCGCGACGUGUGGAGCCUGGACGGGGUGCGGGUUCUACCCCAUGUUCCGUCCACCAUCAAUCACGUCAUACAGUUUGACAUCAACCUGCAGUGUGCUCAUGAUCCACGGCCAAACAGUGUGUUUCUAGACUACAGUACAAACCACGGUCGUACAUGGAACAUGUUGUUCUCAGAGUGCCUGCCAGCACAGUGUGAUGGUCGCUAUCAGUCAACAUCAUCACAGUUUUCUUCUCACCUACUGCCUGGAUGGUCUCACUUGAUGUUACCAAUUCCUUAUGUCACCUCGGUUCCACAUGUUCGAUUCAGAUGGAGGCAGGAAAAACAUAGCAGACCAAACUGGGCACUGGAAAAUGUUUUUAUUGGGUCAUGCCCUGAGGGUUGUAAUGGACAUGGUACCUGUACUGAGCAAUCUUGCAGAUGUGACUUCGGCUACCAAGGUAUUUCCUGUAAGGAAACCCAUGUUCCACGACCAACUGGCCUUAACGAGAACUUUGAAGACCCACAUCUGACUAUUUCCUCUGCCGUUUUCAACAUCCACGGAGGUUCCAUAGGAUACGAUUGUGGCAUCAUUUCCUCUGGAAAAGGUCUUGUCUUUAAUGGAGAAGGAACACGAGAAAUCAGCACAUUUGAAAUGAACACAACAAAUGCUCAUUAUCUACAAUACUCACUACGAAUAGGAAGUGAGUCAAGUAUCUCGACCUGCCCUCCACCUGAUCUGGCGACGGAGUCCGUUCUACUGGAGUACUCCUGUAACGGAAUCACCUGGAACCUACUCCGACAUUUUUCAUCUGAACACUACCGCACACCACGCGGAGAGAGUAUAGUGUUACCAGAUUCUUCGAAAGGUGUAUUAUGUCGAUUCCGGUUCCGACAGCUGGAGCACACUGGUCGAGGAUUGGACGUGUGGGCGGUCGAUGAGCUGAGCGUGUCGCGGGACCUCGCCAACACACUGUCGGUGGAGGCGGAGGACAUGAAGGACAUGAGUGACCGACUGACCGCCAACCUGGGCAAACUCAUCGACAGUUACUGUGGGGCGCCACGCAGCAUCACAUUCAUUGGAAAAGAUAAAAAUGGAGAACCACGAUACCUGAUGACCAAAUCCAUGCAGAUAGGACCGUCGUACAUGCUGCAGUUUGACCUUGUCAUGGGUUGUCAGCUGGCGUACAGCAAGAACAUCGACAACCGCCUCUACCUGGAAUACUCGGUCGACCAUGGCGUCACCUGGCUGCUGGUCCAUGAACCGUGUCUGCCACCGGCUGUGUGUGACGAGUACCACCAGGGGACCGUGUACGACGCCACGCGCUUCUCCAGCUGGGAGACAAUAACGGUGCUGUUACCAUCAGACACGCGGUCGCCAAACACGCGGUUCCGGUGGAGCCAGCGGGACUGGGGUGCCAUGGAUGACUGGUCAAUUAAACGCAUCUACAUCGGUCAGCAGUGUCCUCACAUGUGUCGCGGACAUGGCAAGUGCAACGAAGGAAUAUGCAAAUGUGACCCUGGAUUUGUUGGCGACAACUGUAAACCGGAGACUGAAAUGAAAUCACAGAUACAUGCAGACUUCGGCCUACGCUAUAAACCCGAGGUCGACUUCCAGCAGAUGAUUGGCGGGGAAGUGGUUCGCACUAACGAGGGAUGUGGACCAAUCCUGUCGGGAGAAUCAAUCUAUUUCUCAAAGGAUGGAGUGCGAGAGUUACAGCUGAAGGACCUGGAUACGACAAACAGUGACUUCAUUCAGUUCUACAUCCGGAUCGCCGGGGGAGACUGGCGCUGUCACGGAGCCGAUGAGCGGUCGGAAUCCGUCCUGUUGCAGUUCUCCGUGGACGGUGGUAUCCACUGGCAACUGUUGGAGGAACUGCUGCACACAGACUAUCACUCACCCAAAUUUGUCCAUCUUGAUCUACCAAAGAAUGCCAAGAAUCCCAGUACAAGAUUCCGCUGGUGGCAGCCAUCACACUCAGGUCAAGGUCACGAUCAGUGGGCGAUUGAUGAGAUCCAUGUUGGUCACUAUGAGAGACGACGGGUCAUAGAUGAUGAUUUUGGGACACAUCCCGACCCCCUGAAAUCUGGCAACUGGAUGACAGUAACUGAUGGAGUGAUAGGGAAAUACUGUCAGCAGACAAACCCGGGUCUGGUGCUUAGCAACCAGCCCAAUGACAAGAUGGUUGUCACCAAGGACCUUGACUUGAAGGAAGGGGACGUCAUACAGUUCAAAAUCAAUGUUGGCUGUGGCACAAUGUUUCGCUGGGACCAUCCUGUGAUGCUGCAGUACAGUCAUGACAGUGGCCGCACGUGGCGCCUGGUUGACGAGCCAUGCUACCAGGACCAGGACUGUGACGGACACCAUUCCGAGGGCAGCAUCUACUACCCGGGUACCCACGGCAACUGGCAGCUGGUCGUCAUACCGGUGACACCACACAUUGUCAUGCAUCCUGUUGUGUUGCGGUGGUGGCAGCCUGGUGGGAUGACAUACAGCUUCAGUCUUGAUGAUGUCUACAUCGGCCCGGCAUGUCCAAGCCACUGUCACAGGCAGGGACUUUGUCACCGUGGCAACUGUCGGUGUGAAGAAGAAUAUUUCUAUUCUGACUGUGCCUCUGACGAACCCAAUCCGACUGGUAUGCUGGACCGCUUUGAUAACCGGAACCAGCCGACUGCAUACUGGCAGCGGAUCCUCGGUGGUUAUCUUGGAAGAGGCUGCGGUGUGGUCGAUCACGGGAACUCUCUCUAUUUCAGUGAGGAGGGCACGCGAGAAGCUGUCACAGACCCUCUAGACACAACCAGCUUGAGAAUGCUCCAGUUUGUGGUGAAGAUUGGGAGUCCUGACAACCGUCGAGGGUGUCGCGCUCCACAGAGUCGACACGAGGGCAUCAUGGUUGACUACUCGACGGACAACGAGAUCACGUGGACCACGCUGAAAGUGGUGGAGCCCCACCUCUACAACCACACCAGUCAGGCCGUGGCCAUCGAUCUCCCCCCAGACGCAAAGACACCUGCCACUGUGUUCAGGUGGUGGCAGCCAUUGGGACUCGGAGGAAUGCCUCGGGCACAAUGGGCUCUGGAUAGUGUGCUGAUUGGCGUAAAUGAUACGAAUGCAUUCGGUUUCCAGGACAACUUCAACUCUAUGAUGCCUGAUCCACACAACUGGUUCCUUGCCGACAGUGCUGUUCCGAGACUCACGUGCAACUCGAACGGCAACGCACUGGAAUUUAGCACCAAUAAUGGUUUACGGUUUGCUGAAACUUGGGACUACCAUGUAACUCCCUCCACAUUCCUGCAGUUUGACUUAGCCAUGGGUUGCGGUUCUUUAUAUGGAACUCUCUACAGUGUGAUGCUGGAGUAUUCUGUGAACAUGGGCAAAACGUGGCACCCUGUGACAUCGGAGUGCAAGCCUCCAAACUUCGAGUGCUCUGGCUAUCACCUGAGUAGCGAGUACACGUCGGAACAACACAUGAACUGGACCCGAGUGACUGUCUACCCUCCACCAGGAGCAAUAUCAACUGCCACUCGUUUUCGCUGGCUGCAGCACACGUCUCACCCCCGAGGAACGGUGUGGGCUCUGGACAAUGUGUACCUAGGAAACGGGUGCUCGUGGUUGUGUUCAGGACAUGGCUACUGCAAUAAGGGAAAAUGCAUCUGUGAUGAAGGUUUCAGUGAACCAUUCUGUGUGCCAGCAAAACCACUUCCCAUGAUGCUUCGGGAUGACUUCAACACUGACACCAUUGUCAAAGAGAACUGGCGUGAGGUUUAUGGCGGUGAAAACACAGACACCUGUGGAAAUCUUGUCAGUGGAAAUGCACUGUCAUUCCACAAGGAUAAGUUACGAAUGGCUGUUACUCAAGAUAUAGAUACAUCCAUGUUGAGUACCAUAGAGUUUUACUUCCAAUAUGGCUGCCAUGGAAAGGAUUCUGAUUGGCCAAGAUCUCACAGUGUGUUGCUGCAGUAUUCCACCAAUGGUGGGAUAACGUGGAAAUUGUUGAAGGAACUGCACUACCGGAAUGAGACCGGAGUAAGAUAUUUUACAGUGAGUCUGCCAAUGGAGGCUAGGAUGAAUGCUUCACGCUUCCGCUUCUGGCAACCAGAAAAUGGAGGAGAGAUGCAGUCUGUGUGGGCCAUAGAUAACCUGUUCCUGGGAACGAUGCCAAUGAACCCCAGCACACUGUUUGAUAAAUUUGAUAACUGGCCAGAUCCAGAGUCCUGGCUCUUUAUAAACAACGGGAAGGUGGAUGAAUACUGUCACUUCAACACAAGAAAAGAUACUGAGUCGGCGGGACAGUCAUCUGUUGUAUUUCGGAGAACAACCGGAGGAGAGCUGUCCAUCAUUACUCGUGACCUUGACAUUGGUCCUAUGUCUGUUCUGCAAUUUGAUAUUAAUGUUGGAUGUGGGUCCGACCCGACUCACAAGUACCCCGUAAGUCUGGAGUUCUCGUCCAAUGGCGGCAAGUCGUGGCAGCCUGUUGUACCGAACUGUGCAGUCUCGUCAGUGGCCAGGUGCUUUGAAAGUAAACUGCCCCCAACACUCUACUAUGGUGGGUCGUCUCCUUACUGGCGAAGGGUCGUUGUGCCUCUGGAUCAUCUACAUGUGUGUGGGUCAGUGAGGUUUCGUUGGUACCAGGGGAAAGUUCCAAAAUAUGACUUUGCCCCCGAAUGGUCAAUAGACAAUGUCUACAUUGGAAUGGCCUGUACUCAACACUGUAAUGGACACGGAUCGUGCAUUGGUGGUAAGAUGUGCUUCUGUGACCGAGGUUACCAUGGUGACAGCUGUGUUCCAAAAACAGCCAAUCCAACGUACCUGAAGGAAGACUUCUACAUCAAUGAUGUCAUCGUCAGUGGACCACAGCGUGGUGAUCUCUCCAGCCAGAAUGUCCUUGAUGGUAGUCCGGACUUCAAUGCUGACCGAUGGUGGAGUGUAAGUGGUGGACGUCGCUCUAGACAGUGUGGAGCUGUGUUCACUGGACCAAGUUUUCACUAUGGCAGCAGUGGGGAAAGAACGCUGGUUACCACAGAACUCGAUCUUAGACGUGUAAGCAUGGUCCAGUUCUACCUGAAGCUCGGUUGUUACCCCGAGGUCGACCCGUCAUCACCAGUGUUUCUUCAGUACUCGAUCAACGGCGGUGUGGCGUGGCACACGAUUGAACAGUUUGACUUCAACGAGAACAGCAACAAACCACAGUACGUGGUGCUGCACCUCCCCCCACCGGCCCGCACCAACUCCACACAGAUCCGGUGGUGGCAGCCAUCGCAUGACGGAACAUACACCGAGGACUGGGCUAUAGAUCAGAUCUACAUUGGAGGUGACGUGUAUGGAGAGCAGAUGCUGCAGGAUGACCCGACCUCGCCACGCGACACAUCAUGGCUCAUGUACCCCGGUGGAACCGUGCAGAAAGUUUGUCAGUACAACAUCGAAGCACUUCACUUUAAUGGAGAUGAAAGCAUGCGUUAUGCCAUCUCGGCUGAUGUGGAUGUGGUGGAAGGAAGUUAUAUUCAGUUCCAUCUCUCCAUGAGCUGUAACCAAAGCAGCACAUGUUACAAGAUGAAUUUACAGUUUUCGCUGGACAUGGGUAAGAGUUGGAGCCUGCUCCAGCCAGCGUGUCUCCCCUCCAACGUCGACUGCAGUUCAUACUUCACGAGUUCCUUGUACUCAUCGGACAUCUACAGUGGCUGGAACAGAGUUACCGUUCCUUUACCGUACUACACCAGGUCGAAGGCAACUCGUUUUCGGUGGGAACAGCCGGUGAACUUUCACAAGGCUGAGACCUGGGCGCUGGCUCACCUAUACAUCGGUGCAGAGUGUGACAAGAUGUGUAACGGACAUGGCAGAUGUUUCCAUGCCGACUGUAUCUGUGAUGUUAACUGGAAUGGGUUCGACUGCACUGAGCCAAUCACUCCUCUCCCUAGAAGCCUCGUUGAAGAUUUCUCUCCUGACAACGUUGUUCCCGAUAACUGGCUGAAAAUUGUUGGAGGACACGUGACCAAGCCGUGCCAAGUGCUGGCCGCGGGUCAUGCUCUUCAUUUCUCAGAGGGCUGCAACAGACUGUUAGUGUCACGUGAUCUAGACCUUUCGUCAGCCAUGUUGAUCCAGUUCCACUUCCUGUUUGGGUGCACCUCAUUUCCUGUCCAGCGUGACCAGAGUGUCCUAGUGGACUAUUCGACAGACGGCGGCAUUAGGUGGAUCCCUCUCAUGGAACUCUACUACAACCUCUACAGAACACCAACGUUUCUGAGCAUAAAGCUUCCACCUGAAGCCAAGACGAAGUCUACGAGAGUGCGAUGGUGGCAACCACAGCAUCCAGGUCCUCGACUGGGCGACUGGGUCAUCGACAACAUCAGGAUCAACGGCGAUGAACAAAAUCCAUCAUCCGUCCGCAGCAACUUCACUGGCACUUUUGACACUGAUGACUUCCCUACAACAAAUAACAUAGAAAUUCACAAAUACUGUGGUUCAGAAAGUGCAGCAGUUGGCACCACACGGAACGGAGAAUCUUCCACUCUGGUUUCCCGAGAAGUGAGUCUUGAGGACGGUUAUGUGCUGCAGUUUACCAUCAACGUCGGCUGCGGCGUGUCAGCGAAUGCCUCCAUCCCGCCCGUGCAUCUGGCAUACUCCACUGACCAUGGGGUCACGUGGCGUGACCUCCAGUCCCAGUGUUUGCCUGGAGACCCGCAAUGUCACAGGGGACCGCAGAUGUCGACAGUUUACUAUGGGAAUCCUGACGGACACUGGCAAAGAGUUGUCAUACCUCUAAAUGGUCUGCCCGUAUCAAAUAUCACUCGUUUCCGGUGGCAACAGAAGCCAGGAGAGGUGUUGGCAAUUCACCGCUGGGCGAUCAGAGAUCUGUACAUUGGACCAGCCUGUGUGGAGUUCUGUCAUGGACACGGCUACUGCCACUACCCACGAUGCAUCUGUGAUGUCAACUAUGAAGGGGACUGGUGUCACCUGCCUAACAAUUUAACCGUCUUGGUGAGAGAUUGUGGUAUUACAUGGCAUACAAUUCACACACUAGACUUUGCCACCUACGUGUCUCCUAAACAAGACUACCUACCGCUACCUCUACCAGCCAGAACCACUAGCUCCAGGAUCCGCUGGUGGCAACCUCUGCCCUUUGACCCCACUCUGGGUCGACCCACCUGGUCUUUGGACAAUGUGUUUGUGGGAGGAACCGAGAUCAACCCCAGCGAGGUGCAGUUGUCGUUCAAUGACAGCUUGCAGCAAGAUGAAGCCAUAUUGUACGAGUUCAGCCCCUAUGGACAGAUCGGUGAAAACAUUUGUUCGGAGGAAAAUGGAGUUCUGUCGUGGAAGGAGGGGAAAGGUGUACGCAGUUUCACAACGAAUCAGCUCAUUGUGCAGCCAGGCUACAUGCUACAGUUCAAGAUAGUGAUAGGCUGUUACGAUCACUACAAUGUGUGUGACUCGCAGACGCCCAUCCGUCUGGAGUUCAACAAGAACCCAGCGUUUGACCGCUGGCAGCUCGUGCACUCCCAGUGUCUGCCAGGACAGAAGAACCGUGCCGACUGUCGGCCGUACCAGCACCACGACGCCAGUGUCUUCUCUCUGUCCGAGUACCCAGCCUGGACCAGAGUCUCCAUUGAGCUGCCACAGACAACAUUCUCAGGAUCAACUCGAUUCCGGUGGAUACAGGACAGCCCUGACCAGCGUGUGGCGAGCUGGGCUCUCGAUGAUAUUUAUGUUGGAGAGCAGUGUCCGGAGUUGUGCAGUGGACGAGGUCACUGUCUUAACGGGAGAUGUGUGUGCGACACACAUUACUAUGGAUCAUCAUGCAAACCAUUGCGUAAAAACCUAAUCUCCCGUAUGUAUGAGUCGUUUGAGGGAGGAAUUUACCCCAGUAACUGGCAGACAGUGUCUGGCGGCAGGAUUGGGUUUGGAUGCGGAGCAUUGUUACCGUUUGCCCAUGGGAAGACGCUGUACUUCAACGGGUGUGGAAUCAGACAGGCCGUCACUGCAGAGAUAGAUUUAUCUAAUGUUGUGAAAAUAAUUUUUGUGAUUCAAAUUGGCUGUAGAGCUCAGACUAGUGACUGCAAUGUUAAAGUUGGGGACGAGUUGAAAUACAGAGGUGUGCUGCUGCAGUACAGUUUAAAUAAGGGCACCCACUGGAAGCUGCUGGCCCGCCACGACACGGAGGAGUUCCUCAAAGCCAGACGGAUGGUGUACAACAUUCCACUGGACGCGCGGGUUCCGGGGGUUGAGUUUCGCUGGUGGCAGCCGGUACAUGACGGGCCUGGAUUUGAUCAAUGGGCUAUUGACAAUGUGGAAAUUAUUUCUGGAAAGAAAUCUUACAGACAGAAAUGGGCCAAGGGUUGAAACCGGAUAAGGAUGGUGUUUUCAAAUGACUGCUGAAAGAACAUUACAUUUAAUUUGAUCUGUACAAGAUACACAAACCAUAUGUUUCACUAUGUCUGGUUUAUUGGAAGCACUACAUUGACAAAAUGGCUAAAUGUAUAGUCAUGCAUAUUACUUAUUUUUCAUUUCCCAAUUAAUUUUUAUCUUUUUUAUUUCUCAUUCAUUUGACAAGCUUUUACACAAGCUAAUACUUUAUUCAUGGACAAAUGUUUGUGUAUUAUUUAUUUGUGAAACCUACAGCAAGUAUGUUUUAUAUUUUCACAAUUACUUCUGUAAAUAAACUGGCGCAAAAUCA